AACAACAUUUGGACUGCAGAGCAAAAAUAACUACUGGAGAUGUCGACCUACCGCUUGGAAUACGGACAUUGAUUUUAACAGAAAUGGCCUGCAUUCACCCCCCGCAUGUUCAGCCUUAUGAUAACAGCCUCUACAACUCAGAGUCUCUGAGCCUGGACCUUACCUGCAGGUUAGCCAUGGACGUAAGUAGCCAGACGGACCAGCUCUCUGCCGCCUCCCUGCCUAGCAUCAACUCCCUGGUGGGCACCUACACUGGCGAGUUUGAUGCCUACUCCUGUCAGAUCGCCACAGCUCCUACAACCUCUAGCACAGUCUCUGUCCAUGAAUCGCCCUUCAAGCUGGAUGACUUCCAGAUUUACGGCUGCUACCCUGGUAGCUUUGCCCUGAGCUACUUUGACGAAGCCCUGUCUUCUGGUGGCUCUGAAUGUUUCGUCAGCCCGGCGUCAGCCCAGUCUCCCUCUACCCCAGGCUUCCAGCCCCAGCCUGCAUCGGCUUGGGCCUCGGCCUCCGGCCCCUACUCUCCCAGCCCGGGCUGCUGGGUGGCUGAUAAGACUGCAUUAUCACAGACAUCCUCUUUCUUCACCUACGGCCCCGGCUCAGUAGAGGAUCUGUCUCCUCUGGACCAGCCCCAGCUGGCUGAGCAAGGCCACUUCUCUCUGAGUCAGGAGCAGCACCCCUCCCUGCUUUCUUUCUCCCCUCUAACCCUGGAGCCAGGCACCCUAGAUGACUCUGGCUUCAUGGAAGGUAGCAUGACGCUGAAACCGAACAGCCCUACUGGAAAUGAGGGUCGCUGUGCUGUCUGUGGGGACAACGCCUCCUGUCAGCACUAUGGGGUUCGUACCUGUGAGGGCUGCAAAGGUUUUUUCAAGCGUACUGUACAGAAAAAAGCCAAAUACGUGUGCCUUGCCAACAAGGACUGUCCAGUGGACAAGCGGCGACGGAAUCGCUGUCAAUUCUGUCGUUUUCAGAAGUGCCUGGCAGUAGGCAUGGUGAAAGAAGUUGUGCGAACAGAUAGCUUAAAAGGUCGAAGAGGUCGUCUGCCCUCCAAGCCAAAAGCAGCCCAGGACCUAUCUUCUGCUGGGUCUCCAGUUAAUAUCAUUGCCUCUCUUGUGAGGGCACACAUUGACUCAAACCCUAGUGUUGGGAAACUGGACUACUCUAAGUACCAGGAGACUGUGGCCAGUCUGUCAGAGAAAGCGGACGUUGGUGACGUCAAACAGUUCUACAACCUCCUCACGGCGUCCAUGGACGUGAUUAGCAAGUGGGCUGAGAGCAUCCCUGGGUUCACUGCCUUCUGCUCUGAGGACCAGGAGCUGCUACUGAAGUCAGCCUUCGUGGAACUGUUCAUCUUGCGACUAGCAUACAGGAUCAACCCUGAGACACACAAGCUGAUCUUCUGCAAUGGACUGGUGCUUCACCGGAUGCAAUGUGUACGGGGCUUUGGUGACUGGAUAGACUCCAUCAUGGACUUCUCCCAGAGCCUCCACCGCAUGAACCUGGACAUGUCGUCCUUCUCCUGCCUCACAACGCUGGUCAUAAUCACUGACCGCCACGGCCUGAAGGAGCCCAAGCGAGUGGAGGAGUUCCAGAACCAGCUCAUCACCUGUCUCAGAGAUCACGUCUCGAGCUGCGCCUCGGACUCCACUCGGCCCAACUACCUGUCCCGCCUCCUGGGAAAACUGCCCGAGCUACGGACUCUCUGCACCCAGGGCCUGCAGCGCAUCUUCUAUCUUAAGCUUGAGGACUUGGUACCACCACCCCCCAUAGUGGACAAAAUCUUCAUGGAAACUCUGCCUUUCUGAGAGCGAGAAAAGACUAUACAGUGUGCUAAAGAGACGAUAAAUGAUGAAGUGAUCUCCCUGUUGGAGUAGGGAGAAACAAAUGAAACUAGACUCUUAAAGACUGAAAUGAAAGUGCUGAAUAAUACUAUCGUAAAAGCUCUGAAGCUAUAUUGCACUUGAGGAAAAUAGGACUUCUUGUGCAUUAGCAAUGGCCAUAGUAUGGUGCUAAAAGGAUAAUUCCUUUUAUCAUUUCAAUAAUAGUUUGUUUUAGUGCAGUAUUUCAGAUGUAUGGCUUUGUGUGCACUAAUUAUUUAUACUGGAGUGAAAAACAGACAGGCCAUGGACCAAAAGCAAACUGCCAUAAGUUAAGUAAACAAAGUUAGAUUUUGAUGAACAUGCGUUAGUGCACUUUAAAAAUAGGCCUGUGAAAUGUAAUGACUGAUACUAAGGACUGCGUCAUCUUGCUUCGUAUGUACAUUAUGCCUUAGCUAGAUGGUAUUUUUGAGAUUCAGGUUCAAGAUUUUACUACUAUCAUGGUGUUAUAGCAUAGCCACAAUGACUCCACUGCAGCAUUGUGACUGAAACAUGUUACAAUCAUAAGGAAAUUUGAGAAGGGUACCUGAUACUGUUGAGAACUACCAAUUGCAGAUAGUGAUGAUUAUACUUUCAGUGAUAUUGUGUAAAUAUCACUGAAAUGUGGCAGCUAUGAGUGAGCAGCCAGAACAAAUAUUACAACUUAAUGUUUUUUGCAUUGAGUUUCACACAGUGUACAAAACAUUAGGAACACCUACCUAAUAUUGAGUUGUCCUCAGAACAUGAGAGGGAUGCAUGUUGACUCAAGUUGGCUGGAUGUCCUUUGGGUGGUGGACCAUUCUUGAUAUUCAUGGGAAACUGUUGUGUGAAAACCCAAGCAGAGUUUUUAUUUUUUUGAUCAUUUUAUUUCACAUUAUACAAUGCGCAGGAGCACGUUACAAAUAUUAACUGACAUGAGCACAAUCUUUUGUACAAACAUACAGAACUAUUUACAUACUGGUCAAGAGUACAUUUUGAGUACCCAAAAUGAAAUGUACCAAAAAAUAUUUAUGUUCUCAAAAAAUGUCACCCCCCUCUCUCUUACCAUGUAGGUCCACUGCUUGGUCAAGCGUUAUGAUAGUUUUACAUCCCAUGCCUCAACUGCGUUUGCCUGAGCUUUGUUUAUCACGGCCACUGAUUGCUCUAUACGAAGAAUAUCUUGAAAAUAUGAUAACCAUGUUUGAGGUGAGAGGAUUGCAGGGGUAAUCCAAGCACUAAUGAUAACCUUUUUUGCUGCUGUUAACCCUCCAUAAAUGAUUAUUUUCUGAACCAGUUGCAGUACAAAUGAAGAGUCAUCAUUCAACAAAAAUAAAGGUGGAUCUUUGUUCACAAGGAACCCCAUCAUUUUUGUGAGGAAAUCUGAAACAUGUGACCAGAACUGGGACACCACAGGACAUUCCCAAAACAUGUGCAUUAGUGUUCCUACAGCAUCUAUCACAGAUUACAGUAGGAAUCAGCUUCACCUUAAAAACGUCUAAAUGGGGUUGCAUGAUAAUGUGUAAGCUGGUGUGCUGGGUUUUUAGAGGUAACAAAUACAUUUCCCCAAAUGGUAUCCCAGUUCAGGUCGUGCCCCAACCCCUACAUUUCAGUUGCAGUUCUUGUCGCACUCAAACCGGUGGGCCUGGCACCUACUACCAUACCCAGUUUAAAAAGGCACUUCAAUCUUUUGUCUUGCCCAUUCACCAUCUGAAUGACACACAUACAAUCCAUGUCUCAAUUAUCUCAAGGCUUAAAAAUCCUUCUUUAACCUGUCUCCUCCCCUUCAUCUACACUGAUUGUUGACUGUUGAUUUAACAGGUGACAUCCAGAAGGGAUCAUAGCUUUCCCCUGAUCAGUCUGAUGGACAGAGUGUUCCUCAGUGUACAUCGCUUAUUGUGACUAUGAAUGUGUUUAAUUAGCAUGGGAUACUUAAAGCCACAAUAUGCAAGAUGGGCAUACCAUCUAGAAUGGGCCCAUCAACAAAUGAGAAAAUGCAUUCCAUGACAUUUCCAGAUGCAAAUAGCACUUGAAUUCUAUGAUUAUAUUGCUCAAGGAAUGAGAAACAUGAUUUAAAGCUAUUGUACAUAAUUUGUUUAGUUUCCUUUGAAGGAUUAUUUAUUUUUUUACAAAAUUGAGUAAUAGGUCCUUAGUUAUGAUAAAGUGAGUCAUAUGAUGUCAUUUGUCCAAAUCAAAAGGAUUACAGUUUCUCCUUAGUUGAAUUGCUGGAAAUCUUAUAGUCUGUCACAAGACAUAGAAAUGUUAACGCCACAAUCUAAUUUAGUUCCGGGCAUUGCAUUAUUUUUAUUUUUUUUACACAUACAGAGAUUUCUUCAUCUUCAAUACUGCAGCUCCAUAUAAAA